AUGAGCGCGCUCUUAGAAACCUCCUUGGGCGAUAUUGUCAUAGACCUGUUGGUGGAUGAUGCACCCAAAGCGUGUGACAACUUCCUGAAGCUGUGCAAGCUCAAGUAUUACAAUUUUUCGCCCAUCCACAGCGUCCAAAAGAACUUUACCUUCCAAACCGGCGACCCCAUGGGCCCUGACGCCCCGGAAAGUGAUGGAGGGUCUUCGGUCUGGGGUCUGCUGGACGGACCGUCGAAGAGAACUUUCCCGAUCGAGUUGCCGCGCAGGCUGAAACAUCUUGAGCGCGGUACCGUGAGCAUGGCUACUGUCCCUUCUACCAGCGAUCCCGACCAGCGCAUGGCCGCCAGUCAAUUCAUUAUCACACUAGCAGACAAUGUGGAUUACCUGGAUGGCAAAGCUGCGAUCUUUGGAAAGGUUGUGGAAGGGCUCGACGUUUUGGACAAAAUCAAUGAAUCUUUCAUUGAUGACCGUGGUCGACCGCUGAAGGAUAUUCGGAUUCGACACACAACUGUCCUGGAUGACCCGUUCGAUGACCCGCCCAAGCUGGUUGAGCCAGCGGAAAGCCCCGUGCCUUCCAAAGCGCAAUUGGCUACUGUGCGUAUCGCAGACGAUGAGGAUUUGGAUGACAAUAUGGACGAAGAAACUAUGGAAAAGCUGCGACGCGAGCGUGAGGCUCGCGCCCAGGCUUUAACUCUGGAGAUGGUGGGCGAUCUGCCCUUUGCCGAUGUCAGACCACCAGAGAAUAUUCUUUUCGUUUGCAAGCUGAAUCCGGUCACACAAGACGAGGAUUUGAAUCUAAUCUUCAGCCGCUUCGGUACAAUCUUGUCUUGCGAGGUUAUUCGGGACAAGCGUACCGGUGACAGUCUGCAGUAUGCCUUCAUCGAAUUUGAUGAGCAGAAAGAUUGUGAACAGGCCUAUUUCAAGAUGCAGGGUGUCUUGAUUGAUGACCACCGUAUCCACGUGGACUUUUCCCAGAGUGUCUCUAAGCUAUCUGAAUCCUGGCGCAACUCCACUGUCACCAAGCGUCGGCCGAGAGGCGGCUUUGGUGGUGUGGAUGACCUGGAGGAGAAACGUCAGUACCGAGAGGUUGCCGACGCUCCAGUGCAGGAGGAUGAUGCCAGAUAUAGGAUGGUGUUCGACAAGAACAAGAAGAAUGAUUCCCGUGAUGCUCCCUCCGAUCGGGAUCGCGGGUCCCGUCAAGACUCCAGUCGGAGCCCUCGACGAGAUAGAGAUCGCCGGGACAGAGAUCGUUACCGUCGUCGUUCUUAUAGCCGAAGCCCACAACGAGAUUCGCGAAGAGAUCGAGAACGGGACCGAGGCCGUUACCGCGAUGAUCGCCGUCGAUACUAG